GCCGUGUAAUGCUACCUAUGGUGGUGGGAUCCAAUCGCUGCCGAGCCAUUUAACAGUGAAAGUCAUGCGGACGGAAUUCUCAAAAAUAGUGUUGAAUCUCCUCCAGUUGGCACUGGCGGUACUCAAGGGCACACAUUCCAUAAAAACAAGACCAGUGACAGUGAUAUGCACGUGGCCUUUUACAAACGCCACUGACACGGCAUGGGAUGUCCUUGAAGGGAGAAGUUUUAUAGGUGGCAACGAGUAUAUGGGCUCUGCUAUGGCUGCAGUAGUCGCUGGCUGCACGUCGGCUGAAGAGGACAGAAAUAUCCAUAGCGUCGGGUACGGCGGCUCGCCAGACGAGGAAGGAUCCACUACUUUGGAUGCCAUGGUGAUGGAUGGGGAAACGAUGGAAGUUGGCGCCGUGGCGAGUAUGCCAGAUAUCAGAGAAGCUGCUCAAGUAGCUUUUGAAGUGCUCGCCUCAACCAAACACACAUUACUUGUGGGGAAAUAUGCCACGGAGUUUGCAAAAUCGCGUGGAUUCAAAGUUCAAUCACUGGACACACCAGAAUCGCGUGAAGUAUGGAAACAGUGGCGUUCGAACAGAUGUCAACCCAACUACAGAAAAGAGGGACAAUGGAUACCGGAUCCGACCAAAGGCUGUGGACCUUACAGGCCGAAUUAUGAAGUGGAUCAGCCACGUGUACCGGAGGGGUUCAGACCAACGUAUACGGUGGACCGCAAUCAGCACGACACCAUCGGAUUGAUUGCGAUUGACCACUACGGCUCAAUGGCUGUUGGGCUAUCCACUAGCGGCGCGAUCCACAAGAUACCCGGUCGAGUUGGAGACACACCCAUUCCAGGCGCUGGUGGCUACGUGGACAAUCGGGUUGGUGGUGCUGUCGGCACUGGCGAUGGAGACGUGAUGAUGCGCUUUCUACUCAGCUUCCAAACGGUACAACGGAUGAAAGAAGGGCUUAGCCCGAAGAAGGCUUGUGAGGAAAGCCUUUUGACUGUGAAGCAGCCUGGGACUUGGAGUGGUGCAUUGGUCGCACUGACCGCCAGUGGUGAUUACGGAGCAGCUUGUGUGGGAUUCGGAGUGUUCCACGUGAGUGUCCGUACGGCCGACACAGGCAAUGCAUCGAAAGUCAUAGAAAUUCCGUGCAUUGUGCCAAGAUAACAAGUGUGGACGCUUACAAGACAGACCGAACAAUCUCCAAAGCGAUUUCGUUUUCUGUAAAAAUACAGGCAUGAUAAACAAUCAAA